AUGGGUUAGUAAUGUUGUCGAAAUUCUACUUUUCCUAUUCCAGAUUUAGAAGAUAAAUAAAAUAACAAUCUACCAGAGCAGUAUUAGAAUAAAUAAGAUACCUUUGCAACUCGUGCUCAAUCAUAUCAAACUAGAAUCAAUGAAUUAGAAAACAAUGUUCAAACUUCCUUAGAAGAUAUGAAUAAAUUGAACGAUACAAUACUGAAAGUAUUGCCUAAUUCAUAAACAAUAGCUAGUAGUAUAAGUUGAAGGCUUUAACUAAUAAUUAGAGUAGAAGUAGAAAUUAGAACAGAUUGAUGCUAAAGAGGAAAAAUGA